CGCCGGGCUAUAGAGAAUCCUAAUCCCUACCUCUUCAGACUUCAAAGUUCAAAGCGAGUGAGUGACAACAAAUUCAUGGCUUCCAUGACUUCUACUGCUGCAUUUUUGUGUUCUUCAACAAACGGGCGAUCACCCAUCUUCUCUUUCUCUUCAUCUGUAGUUCUAUCUCCCCAAAACUCCAAGUCUCGUUUCUCCACAUCGGUUCCUCAAUUGGGUUUUGGUUUAUUUCCGCCAUGGAGUGGCUUGAAACUUCUGGGUUUAUCAGUCACACAAAAAUCCUUGAAAAUUGGAGUAAAUAGAAGAAGCAGAGGCAAGCUUGUCUAUGCGUCUUUGUUUGGAGUUGGUGCUCCUGAAGCGCUUGUAAUUGGAGUCGUGGCUUUGUUGGUAUUUGGACCCAAAGGACUUGCAGAGGUAGCUCGGAACCUGGGAAAAACUUUGCGUGCUUUUCAACCUACAAUCAAGGAACUUCAGGAAGUCUCAAGAGAAUUCAAAAGCACCCUUGAACGGGAGAUUGGUCUUGAUGACAUCCCUACGCAGAAUGCAUACAGGUCUACCAACACCAACGCUACCUCAACCUCAUCGCCAUAUGCAGACACUGAGAAUGCAGAGACCAUGACUGACGAAAAUGGUGCUCCAUCUACAAAAAUAGCGUACUCUACUGAAGAUUACUUGAAGGUUACAGAGAAGCAGCUAAAAGCAUCUGCCGCCCAACAGCAAGGCCAAACACCACUUCUAGAAGAGUUGUCUCAACCCGAAGCUCAGGCCCAAGCUCUUACUCCUGAAGUUGCCACUACAGCACAGCAAAGCUCCAAGAAAGAGACAUGAAACUUCUCUAGGUAAAAUGAAACAAAGUGAUGAAAUGCUUCAUCCAUCAACUGACUUGGUUAUUACCAAAUUAUGUGGAGGAGUUCUGAGACCACCUGUUUGAUGGGGAUUGAAAGACUCGAGCAACUUAAUGAAUUUUGCAGGGGCAUGUAGAACAGAUAUAUUUGUAUAGUAGGAAUCGCUUCAAGAGAGAAGAGGUGAUGAUCUUUGGUUUUUGAGUAAAAUUUCGAGUGCUCAAUGUAUUGGGUUUAUGAGCCUUAUGCUUUUAUUUACUGUGAAAUAAAUAUGCACUAUAUUUAUUUUUUGUUCCCUCAGUGAGUUUGAGUGUACAAAUGAGUCACAGAAAUACAGUAUUUUGAUGUAAAAUAAGUUUGUUCAAAA